GCUUCAUCACCAACCAGCUGACGAACGUAAACAAACAUGGCGCCCAAGGGUAAAAAGGGCGGGAAGAAGAAAGGCGGGAAAAAGAAAGACAAGAAGGAAGAUGACGAAGAUUUGAAGCCCAAGGAAGCUGUGUCUGAGCUGGACAAACAUUACUACCUGAACCAGAUCCAGGCACUGGAGGUGAAGCUGAAGAGGACGACGACCAGGUGUGAGCAACUGGACGACGCUGAGAAGCACGCCAGGACCCAGUACGACAAGCUCCACACUGAUAAGAACGACAUCAUCACCUUCCUCAAAGAUAGACUUUCCGCUAAGACUGAUGAAGUGGAAGAACUACGAAGUCGAUUAUCAGGACUGGUGAAGGCGAAGCUUGCCGAGCAGCAGGAGUACGAGGCUCGACUCUCCAGGCUGGCCAAGGAGGCAGAGAACACACGACUCGACCUUAACGAUAAGAUUAUCGCCCUCACGAGAAAGUUGGAGAGUCUAGAGGAGUUUCGUCAACAUAAGGAAGAACUUGAAGAUAAACUGCGCCGACUGCAGAAGGAACUCAAAGAUUGCCAAGCUUCGCAUCAGGAAAGGUGAGUGAGUUAUCUAGAGAAGUCCUCGUUGGUGGAGGCCGCUGCACUUCGUGCUGAGCUGGAGGCGCGAGUCACGAGGAUCACAGAGGACCUCCGCAGAGCUGCCCAGACCGAGGUGCAUUCCACCACCCGACGCGCGCUCCACGAGAACGAGGCCUUAACAAAGCAGCUGGAAGUCUUCAGGGAGAAGUUAGGAGCGCUGAGGGAGGAGAACCAGGACCUGAGGGAGGCGCUCUCUGACUCCCAGGUGAGAGAGGGAGUCCUACAGGACACUGUACGCCGCGUCACAGGAAGAGGAGAGAGGCUGGCACGGCUCCUUCAGGCUGUGACGGAACGCUCAGAGAAUCACACACACGUCUGGAAGGAUUACGACCGUCUUUCCAGGGAGAACCAUCAGCUUCGCCGGGAUCUACAGGCGAUGCAAGGUCAGCUGGACGUCACUACCCAGGCAACUUGUGAGCUUCGGGAGAAAGCUGUGGAGAAGGACGUUGCAUUAGAGCUGACAGCUACCCACCUACGACAGGAAGACGCUGCCCGUAAGACCCUGCAAGAUUCCCUCAGCGCCGCUCUCUCUCUCCUCCACCACGCGGUCUUCACGGAGGAAGAGAGUGGUGACAAGGACAGUGUAACUGGUGUCUUGCAGCAGCUGGUAAGUUUGUUGUCCUUCGCUGAGGCCGCCCACCAACACGCAGAGGAGGGGCGGCGCCCCCCAGGUCGUGGUGAGGGCGUAGAGGUUGCUGAGAAGGUGGGCGGUCCGGGUCAAAUCAAGUACCGGGCGGGAGAUCUAGGCCUCCUCCCACGCCCACACCGUAAAGCUAAGCCCACUCUCACGACAGAUAACUAAGAAUAUACUCAUGUCAGAGAGGUGAGAAAUAUGCCCAUGUUAGACACCUGAGAAACACGCCGAAUGACGCACCACCGACAGUGUUGAAGACAUAUUGUACGAGAACCCAUUUUUAGGUAUAUUUGACUUACUAUGUUCACCAGAGCGGUACGAUGUUUUUAAAAACAAAUUGGUCCAUAACCUGAGUAUUUUAUUCAUUAGAAAGUCUUUCUCUUUUUCUCCACACCCUGAUUUGUACCUCCAUACCAC